UGGCAGAGGAGAGACUAAUGAUGUCUCUCUAAUCUCUUCAUCAACUCUUGCGCCAACAAUUUCAUCCAUGUUUCUCUUCCUGGUCUCGAAAGACACCAGGUCUGCCUGCAAUCAUUUUAAAUGCAUGUGCUCGGAUCUGACCUCAUGACACAAUCUCUUUGGUUAAGAUUCAUACAUGGUGGCUGAAAGUGAUGAUCAUUCAUGAAGCCGUUUAGCAGCCAUGCUCCUAACUUACACCAGCUGUACUUUUGGCAAGCAUCAUGUAUCCUUGUCAACAUUUGGAUAGGUGGAUCAAAAGGCAUUAUUAACAGGAGAAAUUAUUCAAGCUGAUGCAAGCAACAUUACUUACACUAUGCAGUGACAAGGAGAUAAGAACAUGCGUAUGAAUGAAUCAACUACGAAUCAUGUUAACUCAAGUGAAGACUUUCUUGGAAAACUCUUGGUUUGGCGACCACCAGUGGGUAUGGAGAAGAACCGGAUCUUUUGGCUAUCUUGACACUGUGGUUGGGUUUGGUUGGAGAAGCACUUUUGUUACAAAGAUAGUGAAAGAGAUUAUGGUUUUGGUAAUGUUUCUUCUCUCAGUUUUCCUGUAGUUAUACAUGUAUACAUAUUGUAAGGAGACGACAUCAUACUUCAUUGUGGAUUAAAAAAAAAUUAACGUCUGGACUUAUAUAAAUCACUUUGUUUUGUAUUACUAUUGUAGUUAUGUUACUGAAAAAAUAAUUGGAGUUGUGAGAUUUGGAAGAUCAAGAAGCUGCAUCUAACGGUAAUAUAUUCUAACUAGCCAUAAUGAUUAUUAAUCAACAUUCAUAAUCUUGCCUUAUGUAAAUGUCAUCAAAAGUUUCAUAAACUGGAAAGUAGCCGUUGGAUCAUUGGAAAAGAAAAGGAAACAAAAGAGAAUACAAAUAAGUGAAAGAUGUGCUGAAUCUUUUUGAAAUAAGUCCAAUCCUUGUUCUUAGAUUUUCACAAUCUUUUUGUAAUCUUUCCUCUCUCUUUAGAAAUCUGUGAUGAAUCCUAAAAGAUGUGCUGCUUGCAGAUAUCUGAGAAGAAGAUGUCCAAAAGAUUGCGUUUUCUCACCUUUUUUCCCUCCAAACAAUCCUGAAAAAUUUGCAUGUGUCCACAGAAUCUAUGGUGCUGGAAAUGUUUCCAAAAUGCUUCAGCAACUUCCUGUUCAGACAAGAGCUGAAGCAGUGGAAUCUUUAUGCUUUGAAGCAACAUGUAGAAUUGAAGAUCCUGUUUAUGGAUGUGUAGGGAUGAUUUCUUUACUCCAAACUCAAAUUCAGAAAACUGAAAGGCUUUUGGCUAGAACUCAAGCUGAGAUCACUGUUUCUCAAAUCAAACAUAGCCAAAACCAACAUUCUGAGUUUAUGUAAUAUCUAAGUUUCAUCUAAUAAAUUCCAAAUAAAAGUUUUCUUCUACAUCUCUUUUGCUGAUUGGGUCUCUACUCUCUUGUACGCAUUUGUAUCCAGAAGUUGCUUGUCUCGUAAAGUUUCAAUAGAAUAUGUGUGAAAAGUUAAUGUUCUGUCUUGAGAAAAGUUAACACUACAAAUUUCAAAAUCAUCUUUCAAUGUUCAAUGACUGUCUGUAGCCUUGUUUGCUACAUAUCUAUUAGUCAUUGUCGUAAAGAAUGUGAGUCUUUGCACUGAAUCUUUGCUGCUGUUGUUGAAUGGUUUUUCUAGCAAUGUUGAUACUUUGAUCUUGACUUUAUCCUCAUUAAUUUUCUUCUCACAGUAUGAUCUUUGCAUGAUCUGCAACCUUCCAAUUUUUGAAUAACUAGCUUUAGCUUUAGGUUUGUUAUGCAAUGCAAUGUUACUUUCCUUACGUUUCUUUGUUUCAGACAAUAGUUGUAAUGUUCUUGUAUGGUUCAGAAUCAUAUGAUAGUUUUGUGUGUUUAUAGUAAACUUAUACAGACCUCUGCUCUAAUUGGAGAACCAGCCUUAUCUUUAUUUGACCGUGACCACACAUAUACUAUGAAGAAAUAAUCCCAAAGUGAAAAGCCAAAAAAAAAAAUGAGGUCAAGGAUUGAUGUAUUUGUGAUCAUAGAAACAUUGAGAAGAUUACAAAGAGAGUGAUUUGAUAACCACAACCAUACAAAUCAGUAAGAAAGUUAUCCAGAAUAAUCUUCUUUGCCUCCAACUCAUCAUUUCCUUUUACUAUAUUACCACAUCUUUGUUACAAACACAUCUUUCUAGCAUCUGCUGCUACUUUCUGGUCACCAUGGCUUCAGCUACUUUCUCUGUUCCUAAACCAUCUCUUCAGGGUUUCACAGAGUUCUCAGGAUUGAGAAGCUCCUCUGCUUCUCUUCCCUUCGGCAACAAGAAACUUUCUUCCGAUGAGUUUGUCUCAGCUGUCACUUUCCAGACUUCUGCAUGGUGGAUACAGGAAAGGUGUGACCGAGGCUAAACUAAAGGUGGCCAUCAAUGGAUUUGGUCGGAUUGGGAGGAACUUCUUGAGAUGCUGGCAUGGUCGCAAGGACUCUCCCUUUGAUGUCAUUGCCAUCAACGACACAGGCGGUGUCAAGCAGGCUUCUCAUCUCCUUAAAUACGACUCUACUCUCGGAAUCUUCGACGCUGAUGUGAAGCCUUCUGGAGACGCUGCUCUCUCUGUUGAUGGAAAGAUCAUCAAGAUUGUGUCUAACCGCAACCCGUCUCUUCUUCCCUGGAAGGAGUUGGGAAUAGACAUAGUCAUUGAAGGAACAUGAGUGUUUGUGGAUAGAGAAGGUGCAGGGAAACACAUUGAAGCUGGAGCCAAGAAGGUUAUCAUUACAGCUCCAGGCAAAGGACAUCCCAACUUAUGCUGUUGGUGUCAACGCUGAUGCUUACAAUCCUGAUGAACCCAUCAUUAGCAAUGCUUCUUGCACUACUAACUGUCUUGCUCCCUUUGUCAAAGUUCUAGACCAAAAGUUUGGUAUCAUAAAGGGUACAAUGACAACAACUCACUCAUACACCGGAGACCAGAGGUUACUAGAUGCUAGCCACCGUGAUCUAAGGAGAGCAAGAGCAGCUGCACUAAACAUUGUUCCCACAUCUACAGGAGCAGCUAAAGCUGUGGCUCUCGUGCUCCCUAACCUUAAAGGAAAACACAAUGGAAUAGCUCUCCGUGUACCGACACCAAAUGUCUCAGUGGUUGAUCUCGUUGUCCAGGUCACCAAGAAGACUUUCGCUGAGGAAGUUAACGCUGCUUUCAGAAACUCUGCAGAGAAAGAGCUUAAAGGUAUCCUCAAAGUCUGUGAUGAGCCGCUUGUGUCUGUUGAUUUCAGAUGCUCAGAUGUGUCCUCGACCAUUGAUUCAUCACUUACUAUGGUUAUGGGAGAUGAUAUGGUUAAGGUGAUUGCUUGGUAUGAUAAUGAAUGGGGUUACUCACAGAGAGUUGUUGAUUUGGCUGACAUUGUUGCCAACAACUGGAAGUGAUUUGUAGCUUUUGAAACCAAAACUUGUCUCAUGUUUUCUCCUUUUUUUACAUUCUGAUUCUCAAAAUAUCGGUCAAGACUGUAUAAACUAUAGCCCUGAGUUGUGGAUUUGUAAUAAAGUUAAAACUCAAUUCAAACUU